AUGAUUUCAAAAUAUGAAGUCUUGGCAAGGCCUGACCUAGAAAGAACAUGUGUGACUGAUGGUGCAGCUAACAUGAAGGCAGCUGUCAGUUUAGCAACUUUGGACAAGCAAUUGGUGUGUGUUGAUCACAUGUUGAACAAUUGUUUGAAAGACACAUUAGGAAAUGGUGAGGUAAAGGUAAUUGUUGAUAAGUGCAAUAGACUUGCUCAAAGGACACAUCAAAGCACUAAGGAUUGGUAUGAAAUCAAACAAGAAUGUGAAUCUCUAGGGUGUAAUCCAAUCAAGCUAAUCCAACCAGUGCAAACAAGAUGGAAUUCAAAUGCAAUGCUGUUCAAGUCAGUGUUAAGAAAUGAGCAAGGUUUGAAGUCUGUCAGAGAUAACAGCCUGAAUGCAAACUUGACAAUACUUAUACCAAGUGAUGAAGAUUUUCAAGUAAUUGCAGAACUUCAUCCUUUCUUGGCAAAAUGUCAAGAAUACUCAGAGAUUUGGUCCUCAGAUAAAACACCUACAGUUCACAAGAUCCAGCAAAACCUCUUUUCAUUGAUUACUAUGUGCCGUAGGACAGUUACACAAAAUACUUCAGGUUCAAGAAUUGCUAAAGAUGCAAUGACCAGGUUUAUAGAAUACUUGGAAACUAGGAUUCCAGAUAAAGGCACUGAAGUUAAUGACUUUAAUCUUGCAAGUGUGUUUGAUCCAUUUUAUAGAGGUUAUUCUAUUACAUUAAUCAAGGGCAACAAAGAUCAUUUAGAUGGAAUAAUAGACCAACUGGUAGAUAAUCAUCCAACUACCAGAGAAUACAAUGAGGCUUAUAAGGCUUCAUUACCUUCUGCAAUGCCAAACUUAGAUGGAGAUAUGGAUGAUUUUGAGAGAAUGGCCAUGGAAAAUGAUGGAAAUGAUGCACCAACUUUGACAGGACCAUCAGAGCCUCCUCUGAAGAUGGAAUUUAAGAGGUACUUGUCUAUGCAAAAGCCAGCUAAGGAUGUGAAGGUUUUAGAAUGGUGGAAGGUCAAUCAAAAGGAACUGCCAUUACUAGCUGCUAUGGCAAGGAAGUACUUGUGUCCACCAGUGACUUCAUGCUCUUCAAAAAGGCUGUUUUCAUUAGGAGGAAAUAUUAUUAGUGAUAAAAGACACAAUAUGAAGCCAGAGACCCUUCAAAAAAUAAUGUUCAUAAAAGAAAACUUUCCACUAGUCAAAUCAAAAAUAAGGUCCUGGGACAAAAAAUGCCCUGGUGAACCAGGCUAUCAGUCUCAACCUCUACCAUCCACCUCUCAAGAUCAACCUCUAUCAUCAACUUCACAGACUCAAACUCUACCAUCACCUUCUCAGACUCAACCUCAACCAUCUCCAUCUACACUAACCCAAUCAACCAAACAGAAAAAAAUGAAAAGUUUUUUGAAACCAAAUGAAUCACAGUCUCAAAGUUUACUACAAAGAGCUAAAAAAAGGAAACUUGUACUUGAAUAACCAAUGAAAAAAUCACCAAUGAAAAAAAACCCUAUAUAUGAUGCAUCUAAAGAUUUAUUUAAUACUAAAGCUAGUGAUAGUUCUACUAGCGUAGCUUAUAGCAGUGCUAGUAGUAGUCGCAAUGGCAGCAAGGACAGUGUCACUGAUCUCACUGAUAGUGAUUUAGAAUAACUGUAUUUUUUAACUGUAUUUCAACUGUAUUUUUGAAAAUAAAAAUUAAAAAAAUUCAAGUUUUUCAAUUCUUAGUAACAGUUUCGAUUCUUUGCAGCAUUUUCGAUUUUUUGCGAUAUUUCCCGCUAAGAACCGAAAUUGGAACCAAAAUUUACGGUAAUUUCGAUUAUUGCCUAAAAUUAGGAAUCGAAAAGAACCGAAGUUAUCGGUUCUUAUCAGAAUCGGAAUCGAAAUUUACCGUAAU